GUGUGUCCCCGUUCGUGAACGUGGGUCCCAAUUUCCCCCAGAGAGAUCAGAGAUGUGGUGGCACAUAAAUCAUCAGUAGCGACGAGCGAGCGCCACCUCUCUGUCCCCAGUCCCCACCCCGGUACUGUAGCAUCGGCCAUGGUCGUGGCCGCCGCCACCACCUCCGACUCGGACUGACCUCCCACCUCCCAAACAGAACCCUAACCAACCCCUCCCCCGUAUCCCCGCCGAUGGCGUUCACGCCGCCGCGCCUCCUCCCGCUACCCCUUCCGCCGGCGGCGGCACCGGCAUCCACGCGGGCCGUCUCGGCGCGCCACCACGGAGGGCGCACGGCGCCGGAGCUCUCGGGCCCGACCCCGCGCGUGGUGGUCGUCACCUCCGGGAAAGGCGGCGUCGGCAAGACCACCACUACCGCCAACCUCGCCGCCUCGCUCGCGCGCCUCGGACUCCCCGCCGUCGCCGUCGACGCCGACGCCGGCCUCCGCAACCUCGACCUCCUGCUCGGCCUCGAGAACCGCGUCCACCUCACCGCCGCCGACGUCCUCGCUGGGGACUGCAGGCUCGACCAGGCGCUCGUCCGACACCGCGCGCUCCAGGACCUCCACCUCCUCUGCCUCUCCAAGCCACGCUCCAAGCUGCCCCUCGCGUUCGGAUCCAAGACCCUCACCUGGGUCGCCGACGCGCUUCGGCGCUCGCCUAACACGCCCGCCUUCAUCCUCAUCGACUGCCCCGCAGGUGUUGAUGCCGGGUUUGUCACUGCCAUUGCACCUGCAGAAGAGGCAGUGCUCGUUACCACCCCUGACAUUACGGCUCUCCGUGAUGCUGACCGUGUCGCAGGACUGUUGGAGUGCGAUGGCAUCAAAGAUAUCAAGAUUAUUGUCAACCGAGUGCGGCCAGACCUGGUGAAGGGGGAGGACAUGAUGUCAGCACUUGAUGUCCAAGAAAUGCUUGGGUUGCCCUUGCUUGGUGUGGUUCCUGAGGAUGCGGAAGUAAUCCGGAGUACAAAUAGGGGUGUACCAUUGGUGCUCAACGACCCGCCCACGCCUGCGGGCCUUGCUCUGGACCAGGCUACUUGGCGAUUGGUGGAAAGAGAUGUGAUGACAGCAGUCAUGGUUGAGGAGCAGGAGAGGCCCAAGAAGAAAGGCGGCUUCUUUUCGUUCUUCGGGUAGGUGAGUCUGGAGUUCAGCUGUGGAGUUUAGGCUGUAGAUGGUGUACAGGCUCGCAAUCUGGAGUUUCUGAAUGAUUUACGUACCUUUUGGCUUUGCUUUGUUCUAGGUUAGAGUGAUUCAUUUGUUGUGAUUGUGUAGAAGAAAUAUGUAACUCUGGAUUGAUGCUUCUAAUAUUAGAGGACCUAGUUCGACAUAAUGUGUCAUA